ACAAAUCGAGCAAAUCGUACCUAACUAAGCGCAAUCUUUGGUAUAUAAAUAGAAAUAUAAAUGGGAAUUGGAAUUUAUUCGUGUAGCAUAGCAGCUAUAUCUACAUGAUCUCCUAGAUCGUUGUAGAUACAUUUUUUCUGAUAAUUAUUAAUUAUUUGGAACAACCAUCUAGGGGUGAAAUGUUAUCAAUUUCGAUUUUUAUUGUCAUUCGUUAAUAAGCUCAACAUCAUGGAUGACAGUAUAAAUAUAGAACAGUUCCUGAAAAUAUCAAAUUAUGAAAAUACUGUGAAACAAUUAGAUGUUUAUUAUGGAAUUGUCAAGAGACAACUUCUGAGAUAUCAAUGUCCGAUUACUGGCUUAUUUCCUGUAUUAUCAAUAGAUACUGAAGUGGGAAGUAUAAGGGAUAGUGUAUAUUGUGCAACGGCAGUAUGGGGCUUAUAUCAGGCAUACAGGCGAAUAGAUGAUGAUCGUGGUAAAUCCUAUGAAUUGGGCCAGUCAGCUGUGAAAUGUAUGAGGGGAAUACUUGAAUGCUGGAUAAAACAGUCUGACAAAAUAGAACUCUUCAAAAAGCAUCAAUGCAGAAAUCAUGCAUUGCAUGUGAAAUUUCAUUUGAUCACAGGAAAUGAAGUUUAUGAUGAUGAAACAUACAAUCAUUUACAAAUAGAUGUUAUUUCUAUUUAUUUACUUUUUUUGGUUCAGAUGAUAUCUUCAGGAUUGCAGAUAAUUUAUACGCAGGAUGAAGUAGCUUUCGUUCAGAAUCUAGUUUAUUAUGUAGAGCGGGCAUAUCGAACUCCUGACUAUGGUAUGUGGGAAAGAGGAACCAAAUAUAAUGAUGGUAGUCCAGAUAUACAUGCUAGUUCUAUUGGUUUUGCUAAAGCAGCUCUUGAAGCUAUCAAUGGAUGUAAUUUAUUUGGAGAGAAGGGUGCAUCUUGGAGUGUUGUGUAUGUUGAUAUUGAUGCACAUAAUAGGAACAGAAGCAUCUUUGAAACAAUGUUACCAAGAGAAUCCUCAUCUAAGGAUGUAGAUGCUGCCCUCCUACCUACUAUAUCGUUUCCUGCUUUUGCUACACAUGAAGAUAUUUUGUAUAAUGAAACAAAAAACAGAGUUCUGAGAAAAUUGAAGGGAAAGUAUGGGUUUAAAAGGUAUAUAAGAGAUGGUUAUAAAUCUGUAAAUGAAGAUCCUAAUAGAAGGUAUUACGAGAGAGGAGAACUUAAAAACUUCGAAAAUAUAGAAUGUGAAUGGCCCCUAUUUUACAUCUUUAUGAUAAUAGAUGGUGUUUUUAAGUCUUUACCAGAUCAAAUCACGGAAUAUCAAGAAUUGUUGAAAUCUUUGCUACAUUCGGAUUCCAAUGGAGAUCCUUUGAUUCCAAUGUAUUUUUAUGUUCCUAAGGAGGAUGUUGAUAAGGAAAAAUCCCAAUCUUUUUCAGCUAGAUUCAAACCUUGCUUUGAGCCAGGUAUAUUCCUUUGGGGACAAGCUAUGUUUGUUUUAGCGCAAUUGUUAACUGGGGGAUUACUGCAUAUCAAUGAGUUAGACCCUAUUCGUAGGUACUUGCCAUCCUAUAAUAGACCAAGAAAAGCAGGGAGAUAUUCAGCUUUCCAAGCCAAACUUCAUGGUACAGCAACAGAUUUAGUUGUACAAAUAGUUUUAAUUGCCGAAUCUAUGCGACUUCAGGCUAUGAUGGGUACUUACGGUAUCCAAACUCAAACUCCCCAUGAAGUAGAACCAGUACAAAUAUGGUCUUCCACUCAAUUAGUUAAAGUAUAUGAAAACUUGGGAGUGAAUAGCAAAUUGAAUUUGAAAGGCCGUCCUGUUAGACCAAUAGGCAGUUUAGGAACUAGCAAGGUAUACAGAGUGUGUGGAGCCACAGUUCUUUGCUAUCCCCUAAUUUUUGAAGUGUCUGAUUUUUACCUUUAUCGAGAUAUGGCACUUCUUAUUGAUGACAUCAAAACUGAAUUACAAUUUGUUGGCAAGUACUGGAGAUUAUCAGGUAGGCCAACAGUUUGUCUGCUAAUCAGAGAGGAACAUAUGCGUGAUCCACAAUUCAAGAAAAUGUUGGAUCUGCUAGCAAUGUUGAAAAAAGGUCAUUGUGAUGGGGUGAAAGUGAGAAUAGGCAGAUUGCAAAACCUUAUUUCGAGUUCUUGCGUAGAGCAUCUUGAUUUUAUGAAUAUGCUUGCGUUACCUCAAGAACCUUUCUACAAGUCUUUUAAGCAAUUAGAACAUGAUUACAUAGGAUAUCAGAGCUUAACAGAUGUUCCUAGGGUAUUGAAUUAUUCAGAUCAAGCUAAUGAUUAUUUUGACUUUAUUCACAAAUCAACUCGGGAAAUAUUAGAAGCAAUAAAAUAUGAAGAUAGUCUUUAUGCCAAAUCGCAACUAUUUGGUUUUCUUUUGAAAAAAGAAGGGAAACAAUACAUGGUAGAAGAGCACACAGUGGAAGAACAUUUACUCAAUAUUUAUCAUCAAGCUGGAUGCUAUAGGCAUUGGGCAGCAGUAAGAUACACAAGCAGUUUAUUGCAUCAUACUGUUGAUUCCAUAAGUCCUUUUAUUACAGCUUUGCUUGUGCAUGGCAAACAGCUUACAGUUGGUGUGAUUGGUCAAAAGGAAACUAUCUUUGACAAGCCAAUGACACCAGGAGAAAUUCAAGCCAUAGUUUAUGAAACAAUCCAACCUUAUGAUAUUAUACAAGCAGUAUUACAACAGGAGAUUACCCUCUACUGUGGUAGAUUGAUUUCUACAAAUCCUGAGUUGUUUAAAGGUAUUCUGAAGAUAAGGAUUGGUUGGGUAUUGGAAGCAAUGAAAAUCUAUUUGAAAAUAUUCAACUUUCCAAAAAAACUGGAGGAACAUAGUCCUUUUGAAGUUAGACAAUUAUUGCAUAAAGUUCUUUCUAUACAAAAUUGGGAUGACAAAGCUCAGUUGACAUUUCAACAGCAAAGACAAUUGGAAGGUUGUCUUUGUAGAGUUCCUAAACAUUUUUAUAGACAAGUUUGGGAUGUUUUAUCUAAAACUCCAGAAGGUAUAAAAUUCAUGGGAAAAAUGUUAGAUCAACAACCAACACUUUCUGAUAUGACCAAAUCAGAGUUGAGCUUUUCGUUAUUGGUAGAAGAGAUGUUGAACCAUAUUCCUUUGGCUGAGUGUCGUCAAAUUUUUGUGGAACUGUUAACUAUAGUAUCUACAAUUUUAUUGAGAAAUCCAGAGCUGAUAUUCAAUCAAACUUUAGAUUUGGAACAAAUGGUGAAGGAUGCUAAUCAUAUGUAUGCUAAGGACAAUGGCUUCCCAGAUAAUGAGAAUUAUUUAUUGAAUAUUUCUUACCCUCAGGCAACUAGAUAUUUGGCUAGAGCUGUUGUUAAUACACUGCUGAAAGGAGGUUCCUUGACUGAAAAUUUUGGAAGUGAAGAUGGAUCUUGUAAAGUGUCGUGAUGGGAAUAAUAUGAUGUUAUUUGUUGUUUUAAAUGUUGAUUGAAUAAAUUUAGUUUUGUUCACA